AUGGAGGGGGGGCUCAACACAGCAGCACCAGCGCUGCCGCACCUUCCGCUCAACUCCGAUCCCCGGAGGAUACACGCACAAGCCAUAAAAUCGGCAGAAACUGACCGCGCAGUGUUCAACAACCUCAUAACACAGUACUCCAAAUCCAACCUCUCAUCAUAUGCUCUUGAGGUCUUCCACCGAAUCACUUCUCCCAACGUUGUCUCAUGGACCGCACUCAUCUCCGCUCACUCCGACACCCUUCUCUCACUCCAACACUUCCUCUCUAUGCUUCGCCACCCCACACUCCCCAACCAUCGAACCCUCGCAUCCCUCUUCAGAACCUGCGCCUCCCUUUCUUGUCUCUCCUUUGGACUCACUCUCCACUCUCUCUCCUUCAAGCUUGCCUUGUCCCACCACCCUUUUACGGCCUCUGCCCUCCUUAGUUUGUACGCCAAAUGCCGCUUGCCCCACCUUGCACGCAAAGUGUUCGACGAAAUUCCACACAGAGACGAUGUUUGUUAUUCAGCCAUGAUCGUGGGUCUUGCUCAGAAUUCGCGGUGUAUAGAUGCGUUAAUGGUCUUUGCUGACAUGAGAUGCCAUGGUUUUAUGUCUACCGUGCAUAGCGUUUCAGGGGGUCUGCGUGCUACUGCGGAGCUUGCAGCAUUGGAGCAGUGUAGAAUGAUACACGCACAUUCAGUUGCUGCUGGGCUUGAUUCGCAUGUGGUGGUGGGUACUGCUCUCGUUGAUGGGUAUUGUAAAGCAGGUAUUGUUAACGAUGCAAGACAGGUUUUUCAGGAUAAUUUGUCGGAUAUGAAUCUAGUGGGUUGGAAUGCAAUGAUGGCUGGUUACGCACAGCACGCGGAUCAUCAAUCUACUGUUGAACUGUUUGAUUCAAUGGAAGCUUGUGGACUAAUGCCUGAUAAGUAUAGUUUUUUGGCAAUCCUGACAUCACUGUAUAAUGCUGGGAUGUUUCUUCAAAUUGAGCAGUGGUUGACAAGGAUUAAGGUAGAUUAUGGUUUGGAACCAACUCUAGAGCAUUACACAUGUUUGGUGGGUGCAAUGGCCCGUGCUGGACAAUUUGAGCGUGCAGAGAGGAUAGCAUUGACAAUGCCAUUUGAGCCAGAUGCAGCAGUUUGGCGAGCUUUGCUAUCAUCCUGUGCAUAUCACGGUGCAGCUGACAAAGCUUGGGCUAUGGCUAGGAGGGUGUUGGAACUAGAGCCGCAUGAUGAUUCCGCUUAUGUUAUUGUUGCAAAUGUGUUAUCAGCUGCUGGAAGGUGGGAUGAUGUUGCAGAAUUGAGGAAGAUGAUGAAAGAUAGGAGGGUGAAGAAAAAUGGCGGGAGGAGUUGGAUUGAAGUGCAGGGAAAAGUUCAUGUUUUUGUGGCGGGAGAUUGGAAGCAUGAGAGGUCAGUGGAAAUUUACCAAAAGUUGGCAGAGCUCAUGGGGGAUAUUGAGAAAUUAGGAUAUGCUCCUAUUUGGGAUGAGUUGUUGCAUAAUGUUGGGGAAGAAAAGAGAAAGGAGGCUCUUUGGUAUCAUAGUGAGAAGUUGGCUGUUGCAUUUGGAGUGUUAUGUGGAUCUGCACCACCGGGGAAGCCAUUGAGGAUUGUGAAGAAUUUGAGGAUUUGUAAAGAUUGUCACGAGGCUUUUAAGUAUAUCACAAGAGUUUUAGAAAGGGAAAUUAUUGUGAGGGACGUCAACAGAUACCACAGAUUUCUGAAUGGUAAUUGUACUUGUGGAGAUAUAUGGUAGCAUAUACUAAUGAGUAAUGAUUAUAAACAUGUUUGAGGCCUGUUUCUAAUGGCAAAUGAUGCUGAGAAAGAAAACUGGUUUUUCCUAGUAAUGGAGAUGCAGUUAAGGAGGCUAGCUGGUAUUCCACUUAAACUACCUGUGAUAUGAUGCUUGAAUAACAUUUGGAAACUGUUGAGAUGACUAGGAUGGGCGUGUCAGUUGAGCAGUGAUGAAAUUUCAGUGGGGCAAACUGGGCUCAGUCUGACUUGAUGGGCGCUUACAAUUUUAACCAAGCAGUGCUGUAAGUUGUCAGCACAAGUGGAGUUGCUUGCUUGGUUCAAUCUUCUCCCAACCUCUAAGGCGGUUGAAGCAUAUGAAUAUGGGUUUUUGACUGUAUAGGUAUAACUUUAUAAAGUGUAUGUAGAUGGGGUUAAUUUUGUACAUAUUUACCAAUUUGGGUUUGAUUUGGUACGUAGAAGAGUGACUGUGACGUAGAUAAAGAUGUUUCUCUCCAUGGCUUCAGAUUGCUUUACGUGGACAUGCAUCAUUAUUAAAAAAAAUACUAAAGAACCAAACAAGUGGCCGAAUAUUGUGGAACAUGACCUCCCUUGUGUUCGGUCUUAGGUGCUUAGGUGGAUGCUCCACCGUGUAUUAUGAUGGGAAAUUAGGUGAUGAUGUUCACCUGCAAGAUCUUCGAGGCACAAGUUAGUGUUUGUUAGAGAUGGAGUAAUGCCGAAGUAGAGAGUCCACACCUCAAGGGCAUCAAUUUUGCAUAUAUAGACAGUUGUGUAAUGUUAUAGUCUUUGUAGAACAUUUGUGGUGAUGCAAAAAUAGUUAUUGGUGGUUCUUGUGAGUGUCGGGGUAAUGUAUAUGAGCAAUAGUGGGAGACAGUCGUAUAGAAGUAUUAGGAGAAUAUUUAAUGAUAGGGACGAUUUUUUCUGUAACGGAGGUGGUCAUACAAAGGCCCACACCGCAUGUCAAGAACAAUGGUGAUGACAUCAUUUCGCGAUUCUCAAAUUGUGAAGGAAGCAUCCAACAAGAUCUCCCCGGAAUCACAUAAUCUUGCUUUCAUAAUUCUUUCUUCCAUUCUUAUUUCCUUUUAUUAUUUUAUUAUUCAUUUGCUUUUCUUGUUGCCUCACGCUUCUAUCUUAUUUUCUAGACAAUGGCAGAGGGUGCCAAUGCCAGCGAGUACAUGACCUUGUUAUUGGCUAUUUUAACCCGUCAAGGUUCUUA